GAAUUAUCUUCGGAGGCUAACGAAACACAAAAAAAAAAAUGAUAAUACAAUUUGCCAUCAUUAUGUGGUUGGUUGUGAAGGAUGUUUGGGGUCAACAAUGUCAACUGGAUGCAAGUAACAUGAAUAGAAAAUGGAUUUAUGCCAUUAAAACACCUUCAAAUCAAUACGAUCUUCUGCAUACGAAUACAUUGGAGGAUGGACAGACACUGUAUUUGAUAUGCAAAGAAGACGACAUAAUACAGCUGAAAUGUAACCGUGGCAUAAUGGAUCGCAUACCUGAUGGCUCGAAAUGCAUGAAUGGUAUAAAGUACCAGGAAAUUCAGGUAAUCAAUGAAGUACCAUGCUUCCAAAGGAAUCGAGGGGAAAUUUAUGACAUUCGUUAUACUCUGGCGAGAAGCGGAACCACUCUGUCAAUUUACCAGGUGUGUUAUAGUAAGUUAAGCGAGGAAGCCAUCUACUCCCGACACAAGACCUAUGGAUUGUCACUAUCUUCAUAUGCAUAUAAUCGUCCCACGUUUGCAGUGGGCAGUGUUACAGGCCCCACCCGAGCAGAAUCAUUUGAAGCUGCCAAUGUUUAUGCCAGCUUUGUAUCACUUUUAGGUAAUGGCCAGCGCUUCAUCACAUCCAACUCUCCCAGUAAUCGCGUUAUAGAUCGGGGUCAUUUGGUUAAUGUUCAGGACCUGCUUACCUACGAUCAAAAGGAUGCGACAAUGAAUUACAUCAAUGUAAUACCCCAAUUUACCAGUGUAAAUAUCAAAAAUUGGAAAAUAAUUGAGAAUUGGGUUCAUGGAUUGCCUAAAAACGGGGAAUAUGUCAGCGUGCUAACUGGAACUUUUGAGGUUUUAGAGUUGGAACAUUCGAUAACAGGCCAACCUACUAAAAUCUAUCUAAUGAAAAAUUCUAAAAAUCCCAUACCAAAAUAUAUUUAUAAGGUGAUAAAUAGGAAUGGUGUAUGCACUGUCAUUGUUACCCACAACAAUCCUUUUACUGCUCAAUUUGGCAAUCAUGUUGCAUGCAGACCCAUAGCCUGUCCUGAUUCACUUGUAUUCAGUCGAGUUGCUGAUAGUGGAGCCAGUAAUUGUUGUGACUAUAAUCAAUUUGUUCAUAACAUUGGAUUCCAUGCCAAGUUGUGCAAUUGAGUCAAGAGGUAAUUCAAAGCGAUAAAGGAAGCCAGAGUAAUGUAUUGGUGUACAAUACAAUUUGGGGAGAAGAAAGACAUGAUGCAUAUACAAAGAAUAAUACAAUAAAAAUCAUGAAUUUUGUCACUAGGGACUAGGGACACAAGAUACUCGAACUGUUCAA